CUGCAGACAACAACCGUGUUCCGACCACCUGGCGUGACAGGAAGAUCCGCAACGAUACGAUCUGAUCUGAUCUGAUCCGAUCGAAUCGGAGGAGGAUAAGAGGCCAAUAAUGGCAGCGAGCGGAGAGGAGAGGAGAGGAGAAGAGGGGGGGGGUCUAAUUAAUGCAUGCUGAUUGAUUGCUGAUAGACAGACAGACAGACAGACCCACGCCGCCCAAUUUAUGGGCCUUGGAGGCGCAUGUCAGACAGAACAAUCGUCUCAUCUCAUCUCCUCUCAUAUCUGCCACGCAAGCAUUCAUUCGCAUUCGCAUUGCAUUCUUGUCUCUCCUCUGAUCUAGCAAACCCCACCCCUCAAAUCAAAAUGUCCACCACAUACACCCCGCACCAACUAGAGCUCUACUUGGAGCGCAUUCGCUACGCUGGCUCUUCCACCUCCACCUCCACCAGCACCCGUCUCCAGCGCCUCCGACAAGCCAUCGAAGAAGACCCCCUGGCCGCGCUGGCCGAAUUACAGCGCCGGCAGAUCUCCUGCAUUCCCUGGGGAAACUCCGCCCUGCACUACUCCCCGCACCGGACCAUCUCCCUGCAACCGGGGAGCGUGUUCGAGAAGCUUGUGGUUCGCGCGCUGGAUGGAUAUUGUAUGGAAAAUAAUAAUCUGCUGUAUCAUGUCCUGCGCGCGCUGGGGUAUACGGUUUACCCCACGGGGGGCCGCGUGUGUCUGGCUGCGUCCGGGGCGGGCGAUCCGGCGAUGGAGGCGUUGUAUACGGGAUUGUCGCAUAUGAUUCUGAUUGUGAUGGUCAAUGGGGCCAAGUUCGCGGUUGACGUCGGCUUCGGGAACAACGGGCCUACCAGUCCCUUACCGCUGAAACCCGAUGUCGUUUCGAUCUGCAUGGCGCCCACCGAGAUGCGACUGGUCUACGACGCCAUCCCGCCGUUCGUGGACCAGACCCAGAAGGUCUGGAUCUACCAGAUCAGAUACACCCCGGACAGCCGGUGGAUCCCGAUGUAUUCGUUCCUGGGGAACGAGUUCCUCCCGCAGGAUUUCGAGGUCAUGAGCUUCGCGACCAGCCAGCAGCGCACGAGCUGGUUUACGCAGUCCCUGGUCUGUACGCGGAUGUUCCUGGACGAGACCGAGUCGGCCGUGCAGGGGCUGUAUGUGCUGGCCGGGAAGGAGGUCAAGAGGAGACAGUUAGGGCAGUCGGACGUGGUCGCGACGCUGCAGAGCGAAGAAGACCGGGUCCGGGCCCUGGCCGAGUGGUUUGGCCUGCACCUGCAAGAGCAUGAGGUCCAGGGCAUCCGCGGUUUAGUAUCGGAGAUCAAGUAGUAUUUUUUGAGACUAGGAUGGCCACCCGCCUGCCGCGUCCGGCUGGAA